AAGAUGCUGCAUUACACUGUAUCAGUUGUUUAGAAACUACUAUCGCGCACCUACACAUUUAUUAUCUUUUAGAAACAUCAUGGCGAUGCACGUUCCGUUAGCACCGGGCUUUGCCCAAAUGCUUAAAGAAGGAGCUAGGCAUUACAGUGGACUUGAAGAAGCUGUUUACAGGAAUAUUAAUGCCUGCAAUGAGCUGGCUAAAACCACAAGAACUACAUAUGGUCCACAUGGACAGAACAAAAUGGUGAUCAACCACUUGGAGAAGCUUUUUGUGACUAACGAUGCCGCGACGAUUCUCCGUGAGCUGGAGGUUCAACACCCGGCUGCGAAGAUGCUCGUCAUGGCCACACAGCAACAGGAGCAGGAAUGUGGGGACGGAACAAACUUUGUUCUCAUUCUCGCCGGAGCCCUACUCGAAAACGCAGAAGAGCUUCUCAGAAUGGGAUUAUCAGUCACAGAGAUUAUUGAAGGGUAUGAAAUGGCUGGAAAGAAGGCACUGGAUAUUUUACCAGACUUGGUUAUUGGUGAGCUGAAAAAUCUGCGCAACAAAAGUGAAGUGAAGAAAGCUUUAAAGACGUCAAUUAUGAGCAAGCAGUAUGGAAAUGAAGAUUUUCUAGCUAAACUUAUUGCUGAUGCUUGUAUUUCCAUUUUACCACAGAAAACGUCUUUUAAUGUAGACAACAUUAGAAUAAGCAAAAUUUUGGGUUCUGGUGUUCUGCAAAGCACGAUAGUGCAAGGCAUGGUGUUCAAGCGAGAAAUCGAAGGUGAUGUCACCAAAGCACAAAAGGCCAAGGUUGCUGUUUAUUCCUGUCCAUUAGACUCAAUGCAGACAGAAACGAAGGGCACAGUGUUAAUAAAGAAUGCAGAGGAAUUGAUGUCUCUAAGCACUGGAGAAGAAAAUCUCAUUGAUCAGGAAAUCAAGGCGAUAGCUGACACGGGCUGUACUGUGGUGGUGACCGGUGGUAAAGUGGGCGACCUGGCUCAACACUUCUGUAACAAGUACAACCUGAUGAUCAUUCGCCUUAUCUCCAAGUGGGAUCUCAGGCGGUUGUGCAAGACUGUGGGGGCAACAGCCUUACCCAAAAUAACUCCCCCGACGAGCGAGGAGGCUGGUUACUGUGAUUAUGUGUAUGUUGAUGAGAUCGGGGAAACUCCAGUCAUCAUCUUCAAACAGGAUUCUGAAGAAUCGAAUGUAGCCACGAUAAUGAUCCGUGGAUCGACUGACAACAUUAUGGAUGACAUUGAGCGUGCCAUCGACGAUGGAGUAAACACAUUCAAGACGCUCACAAAGGAUCCACGAUACCUACCUGGUGGUGGGGCCACAGAGAUAGAAUUAGCUAAACAAAUUACAACAUAUGGCGAGAGCUUGCCUGGAUUGGAGCAGUAUGCUGUAAAGAAGUUUGCCGAAUCUUUAGAAGUCAUUCCAAGAGCUUUGGCAGAAAACACAGGAGUUAAGGCAACUGAGGUCUUGUCAAAGUUGUAUGCUGCACAUCAAAAAGGCCAGAAAACAUUUGGUGUUGACAUUGAGGGUGAUGGUGCAGCGGUAACGGACUGCCAGAAGAAAGAUAUUCUAGAUGUGUUUAUCGCGAAACACUGGGGAAUCAAAUUUGCCAAUGCAUCGGCGUGUACAGUUCUUAAAGUGGACCAGAUUAUCAUGGCUAAGCCGGCUGGUGGCCCUAAAGCGAAGGAGAACAAGGACUGGGAUGAGGAUUAACAACAUAGUGCUUCUAGUGACAGACUUUUUAUUUUAUGUCUCACGCAGUCAGCUUCAUCUGUUCAACGUGCAACGUAGCAUUUACUUUUCCCUUACAUUUUCACAUUGUGUCCAUAAAGAUUCUUCUAUUUCCCAAAUAUAGACGUGCAUUCAAGCUAUCAAAUCUGCAUCAUUAGAGAAAGAAAAAAUAUUACCAGCUACAUUGAACCUAUGAAGAGAUGCAGAAUUUAACAAAACAUUAUUUAAUUACAACAACAAAAUUGUUCGUAAAAAAAAUACUGAGGUAAAUCCACUUGCAGUACUGGCUUUAUGAAAAUAUACCUCUUUACCAUUUGUGUAUGUUCAUUGAAAUCUGUGUAUUCUUUUCAUGAUUUUGAUACAGCAAAAUAAACUACUAUUAAGUCGA